UUGAUAUUAAGCUAGGCCCCAAGGAGCUAGCAUAUUAUUCGUACGUCUAUAUAAAGAGUCCGGGAUGGUGCAUCAGAUCAAAAUGAGCAUAUACCAUAAACACAUGAUCAUGAUGACAAAAACCAAAAGCUCUCCAGUAUUAGGAUUGCUAAUAUUAGGGUUAUUGGUAGGCUUGCUAGAUUAUGAUUAUAUUGAAGCAAUCGUCGAGCCUGAUUACCCUUUCUUACCUUUUGAGAUUCAGACCACUCAUUUUCCACCUGACUUCUAUUUUGGAACAGCUAUCGCUGCUUAUCAAGUCGAAGGAGCAUACAACAAAAGCGGUAAAGGACCCAGCAUCUGGGAUACAUUUACGCAUGAGCAUCCAGAAAGAAUAGUAGAUGGAAGCAAUGGAGACGUUGCUGUCGAUUUUUAUAACAAGUACAGAGAAGAUAUCAGGCUAAUGAGUAACGAGCUUGGAAUGAAUGCUUUCAGAUUCUCCAUUUCAUGGCCAAGAGUAAUCCCUAGUGGAAGAGUUUCUGAAGGAGUAAAUGAAGAAGGGAUUGCAUUUUACAAUAGAGUCAUCGAUGAAGCAAGAAUGAAUGGAUUGGAGCCUUUUGUGACCAUAUUUCAUUGGGAUGUUCCUCAAGCUCUAGAAGACAAGUAUGGUGGCUUCUUGAGCCCUAGAAUAGUGAGUGAUUACAAGGAUUUCGCAGAACUUUGCUUUGAAAGAUUCGGGGAUCGAGUGAAGCAUUGGAUAACACUGAAUGAACCAUAUGAGUUUAGUAUGGGAGGGUAUGAAGCUGGUAAUUCUGCACCAGGGAGGUGUUCACAUUGGGUGAAUAGGGCAUGCACUGACGGAGACUCAUCCACUGAACCUUAUAUCGUCGGCCAUCAUCUCAUCCUCUGUCAUGCUGAGGCUGUCAGAUUGUACAGGAGAAAGCCCUGGACAUCAGGGUCGAUUGGCAAGAUUGGAAUAACUCUCGAUGUGACGUGGUUUCUACCUCUUACCAAUAGCUUAGAUGAUAUUGAAGCUGCUCAUCGCAGCAUUGAUUUCAAAUUUGGCUGGUUUAUGGAUCCCAUCAACUACGGUCAAUAUCCACUAUCGAUGAGGACUUUAGUUGGUGCAAGAUUGCCCGAAUUUACGUGGGAGCAAAAACAGAUAGUGAAAAACUCCUAUGAUUUUAUCGGCAUUAACUCAUACACUUCCACGUAUGCUUCUUCCAAUUUCACUCCCGAUCCUUUUCCAACCCAUAUUAGGGCUUCAACUGAUCCGCGUGUUAGUUUAACCUAUUACAAGAAUGGGAACCCCAUAGGUGAACAGGGUACCCCAGACUGGUUGUUUGUGUACCCAAAAGGAAUCCUGGAUAUACUGACAUAUACCAAACAUACCUACAAAGAUCCACUUAUCUAUAUCACCGAAAACGGAAUCGGUGAUGCCGUGAAUCUCACUCGUCAAGAAACAAUCAAGGAUAAGUGGAGGAUAGACUACCAUGGAGGUCAUCUUUACUAUCUCCGUCGAGCCAUUUGUGAGUACAAGGUCAGGGUGAAAGGCUAUUUUGUUUGGACAUUAACAGAUAACCUUGAAUGGGCAAACGGAUUUAGUGUCAGAAUGGGGUUGUAUAGUGUCGACCGCAGCAGCAAAGAAUUGACAAGAACUCCAAAAGGGUCAGCCGAGAGGUUUCAUUACUUCCUGAUGAAACGUGACCGUCAGGGUAAUGGCGGCGUCGCUCCUAUUCCUCUGGAAGAUACAUGCUACAUACCUAUACCAAUAAGACCCCCACCCCCAGUGGUGGCUGCCAACGGUACCAAGGUUGCACAUGAUGAGCUAUAAUAAAAUUAUAGCUUGUAUUUUUACUAUUGUACCCAAAAAUAAGUUGUUAAAUUUCUGUCCAUUCCACCUGCAUGGUUUGCUUCACACUACAAAAAAAUAACGAGUUUGGAACAGAUUUAGCACAAAUCUUUUCCAAAGAUUUGGUAAAGCCAUGGCAUUUUUUUUCCAGUAUAUGUACUUUCACUGUUAGGUAUUAUGUGUAUGUGUAUGUGUAUGUGUAUGUGUA